AGGCAGUAAGUGUCUUAGUGACAUAGACCUGUGCAUCAGGGGCGGCAGAUUUGUAUGUGACUCCUCUACUGACUGAUUUAUGUGAUUGAGAUUGAUUGGAUGUGAUUGAUAUGUUGUGAUUGAUAUUAUGUGAUUGAUUUGAUGGACAGAUGGAAUUUUUACCAAUAGUGAUUAGGAUCUCUAUAUAUUCGGCAGCUAUUACAAGUGCUUUAAAUAUAAUAAUGUUGGAGUGUGUAUAACUGUUUAAUACAUGUAGUGAGGAGUUUUCAGCAGUAUCUAUGUACAGGUGGAGGGCAAUGCAGUGAAGAAGAAGUCAUCUACCAAUCAAAUCACAGCUCAGGUUUAAAUUGACCAAUCAGCAUCAUGGCAAUACUGAAAUCUGGCCUCAAUCCAGAAUACUCAGCUAUACCUCAACAAUCUGAUGAGCUCAUUAUUGAAGAGCUCAACAGAAAUGGUCACAUACAUAUACCAACAAACAUGGACAAUUACGGGCAAAAACUAAACGGAGAUAUGAAAUCAAACGCAGUUGGGGAUAUCCAAUAUGUGGUGUCUCCGAAAUACUCAGAUGCGGCAACUGCUCAGAUUCGAAAUGAAGGUCACACCGACCAUGAUUCAGGGGAAACCCGGUGUGGGUGGGGUCCAUUUUCACCGGCAAUGUGUCAGCGGUUUCGAAACCCGAAAUGGAUAUGUUUCUGGUUGUGCUGGGCGGGCGCCCUACAGGGCAUGGUUGUGAAUGGUUUCGUAAACGUGGUCAUCUCAAACAUCGAGCGACGCUAUGAUCUCAGCUCCACAGUGACGGGCACUGUGGCCAGUUGCUAUGACAUUGCAUCGGUCCUGUGCCUCAUACCCGUCAGCUACUUUGGAGGCCUCGGUUGCAAGCCACGCUACCUCGGAAUCGGAGUACUUGUCAUGGGUAUUGGGUCCAUAGUUUUUUCACUGCCUCAGUUUACAGUGGACGCGUAUAAAAUGGAUGAUUCUGGCAUACGAACAACGUGCGAUGCCAGUUCGAAUGAUACCAGUGUCUGCAAUGGGAACAAUUUACCAGUGAGUUUAUCAAACUACAAGUUUGUGUUCUUCCUAGGGCAGCUACUACAUGGGGCCGGCGCAGCACCACUUUACACCCUCGGGGUAACAUACCUGGAUGAGAACUUGCCACUCAGGUCUUCCUCAUUUUAUAUAGGUAUUUUCUAUGCAUUUGCAAUCGUGGGACCAGCAAUAGGUUACCUGGCAGGAGGGGCUUUCCUCAACCUCUUUGUUGACAUAAAUAGAGCAGACAUAGACAGUGUGACAAUGAGCCCAGACAGCCCCAGGUGGGUUGGGGCCUGGUGGAUCGGAUUCCUCAUCAGUGGUGCGCUGGCGUUCUUAGUGGCUCUACCUAUCGGCGGAUUCCCAAAAUUCCUGCCCGGCUCAGAGAAAUACAAACUGGAACGAGAGAAGGAGGUCUACAGCAAAAAACAGAAGAAGCUGGAAUAUACUGAAAGUAGUCCUGACACAAGCAAGACUGAAGCGUCUUUGAGCUACAAGCAGAUGUUGAAAUCAUUGAAAAUUUUGCUGCUCAAUCCCACUUUCAUGUUCCUGAAUCUGGCCGCAGCAUGUGAAGGAAAUCUGUUGUCAGGAAUCGCUACAUUCAUGCCAAAGUUUAUUGAGGCCCAGUUUGGACUGUCGGCAUCUACAGCUGCACAAUAUGUGGGCUAUGCGGCUAUCCCUGCUGGUGGUGGUGGGACAUUCCUGGGUGGAUACCUCGUGAAGAAGUUUGAUCUCCAUGUCAGGGGAAUCCUACGCCUUUGUCUCGGUGUGACCGCAUCUGUACUGCUGUUUGCCCUUGUCUUCAUUGCACACUGUGAAAAUAUUCCGUUUGCUGGAGUGAACACAGAGUAUGGCAACACUGCACAAAAUAGCACCGAGAUACGACUCAGCCUCCAGCUAGACGGCGAGUGUAAUGCAGCCUGUCGCUGCAGUCAGGACAUGUAUAACCCAGUGUGUGGCAUUGACGGAGUGCUUUACUUCUCACCGUGCUACGCUGGAUGUCAAACAGAAAUCAAGGGGGACAGUAAAAUGUACACCAACUGUUCGUGUGUGGUGUUCAACCGAACCGGUCCUCCCCCGGAGUAUGAAGCCAUCGAGGGGACAUGCAAAAGCAGCUGCAAGUACCUGCCGUUGUUGCUGCCCAUUUGCGGCCUACUUAUGCUGAUGACCUUCAUAGCAAGCAUGCCAGCUCUGGCGGCUACACUCAGAUGUAUUCCCAAUGAGCAGAGGUCGUUAGGUCUUGGAAUACAGUGGAUCAUUGCACGCUGCCUUGGAUCGAUACCAGGUCCAAUACUAUUUGGCAAGCUCAUUGACAUCACCUGCAAACUUUGGCAGGUCAAGUGUGAGCAGCAAGGGUCCUGUUUUGCGUACGACAACCAACAGAUGAGCCACAACAUGCUGGCUAUCAUUUUAAGCACAAAAUUUCUAUCAACUUUGUUUUUCUUCCUAGCUUAUAUUUUAUACAAAGUGCCAAGAAGUGACACAGAAUCAGAUGACAGCAGUGAUAAAGGUUGUAAAAUCUCUGACACUGAAAAAGACGAUUCCCCUCCCCCACCCACGCCAACAGCGUUGAGUUACUCAACAUCAAAAAACUGCAAAAGUAAUCAAAGUGUACACACAGCCGUGACUUUGUUGUCUGACAGUUCUCCAACGACCCCUGCCUCUCCAACGGAGAGAAAGGUUACUGAUUGGUCAAAGUUGUGACCCACUGCAGCAGUUUGGACGGAUAGCUAAGCAUAAUAAACCUGGCAUUCAUUAAAUCAAACAUUUUAUUCUUCAGCUGUGUUUAAAAUGAACACAUGGAUUGAUUCGUCUACAUAUUUAUAGAUUCCAGAACUGUUAUUAAAUGGGGAUUCUGAAUUGACACAAUAAAAAUGGUAUCAGAUAUUGUCAAAAUUAUUUAUCAUUUUGAAUGAGUUUUUGUACUUAAUACAAUUGUUUAACCCUUUCUCCACCAGAAGCAAAGUGCAAAUGGCUUUUGCAACCAGCAUAAACCUGAACAGACUGCGAGUUACUCUUAUGCUGUUUGCUGCGCAUCAGUAUCUUAUGGUUGAAAAUGAAGCAUUUAAAACUUGAUUAAAGAUUACUUGAGUAAAGAUUUGAAAUUUUAUAAGAGACUACAAAUAAUCAAAGUGCGUCUACAAAGGUUUAAGUUGUUUAUGGUGCAUAUCAAUGUCAGGUUAAACAACUUUAACCUUUAUAGACCCCUUUGAUUAUUUGUAGUCUCUAAGAAAAUCUUAUUAAAUUUCAAAUCUUUACUCAAGUAAUCUUAUGGUUGGAAAUGAAACUUUUAAAACUUAAGUAAAGAUUUGAAGUUAAAUAAGAUUUUCUUAGAGACUACAAAUCAUCCAAUUGCGUUUAUAAAGGUUUAAGGUGUUUAUGGGUCAUAUCAGUGUCAGGUGAAUGUGUUGGGGCUUAACAUGAUCAUCAUUCUUUGGUCUCAUAAUAUCAUUAUUACAUUAAACUGUUUACUGUAUAUGUAUAGAAUAACUGUUGUUAAUUUGUGUUUAUAUAUUAUCCAGUAAACGUCUAAAUCUUAGGCAUACACAUUGAGCUGUAAAUUUACCAAGGCAGCUAGCUCUGUCGGUAGAGAGCUGGAAUACAAAUCGGAGGAUGGAUGUUUUUAUCCCCGGCCUGGCCACGACUUGUGGUGAUUGGGCAUGAAAUUCUUCUGCAGCCAUUCUCUACUACCUCUGAAUCAAGUAGGGCAGUUGCUAGUUACUGGCAGAAGUAUGUGCCAGGGGUUACCAGUCCCGUAUUCAUCAACACAUCAAUUCUUAGACUUAAGUAAAAAAAAGGAAUAUGCUUAAAAUUGAACCUUUCUAUAAAUACACUAAUGGGGAGUAAAGCUCCACAUUUAACAUCUUCUCAAUACAUAAUUCUUCAUUUAGAACAAAUUGUUAAUCAAUGGCAAAAUCAAAAUUUGUAGCAUGCAUUGAAUUGUUCUUGGUUCUAAGUCUCUUCUGAAUUUUUAAGUCUAAGAAUGGGUUGAAUACGGGCCCCCGUACCCCAGCUAUCAAAGAAAAAGUGUGAGUUUUAGCCAUGAUAUUAAUAAAUAUUGUAGAAAAGGGCAAAUUAAAUCCAUUUGAACGUACUAACAUAAACAUAUUUAUUUUAAUAAAAUAUGCAUCAGGUUUGGACAUACACAGUUUUUACAGUAUUAUAAAGAUCUUCUUCCAUGAAUUAAUAUGUUAACACAAUAAUUAUAUAAAACACAAUUAAAAAAUGAAUGUGUUUAGGAAUAACUAAAUAUAAUGACAGAAGCUUCCUUAGAUGUUGUAGUCUUUUCCAGAAAAAGGUAUCAGCACGUGAGUGUCAAAUAAAAGGGAAAUAAUACUUAAAUCUAUAAACUGUUCACAUGCAAACAAUAUGCCAACAUAUUUUUAAUUGGAUUUAGCUUUGUACUCUGGUCUCAGAAAACUUAUGACCUUCAGUCAAUAGACAUCAUAAAGAUUGUUUUGUUUAUGAAUAAAUCAAAAUAGAUUUGAAAAAAAAGCUUUGCUUGCCUAUUCAUUGAUAAGAUGAAAAAUAAGUAUAAGUUAUAAAGCAUACACAUAUGCUGCAGAAUUUUAAAGCUCGAGAGGCACAUUUGGAGAGCAAUGGCUUUUGCAAUAAAAGAAAUCAGAUUUAAUUACAAUCCCAUCAAAAGUACAAUUUUCGAAUAAUUUAGUUUACUUGAUUUUAAAAGUAUUUAGAUUUUGCCAAAUGUGAGGUGGUCAGUUAAAUGCAUUAAAUGACAUUUUUUUAAACUGAUUUUUUUCACAAUAAUCAACAGUUUUAUUUAGAUGACAGUUGUUAAUAUUAUUAACACAAAUCUGUGCAAUAGCUUAGUUGUAUCUGUGAUGUGUAAGUUUACUUCAGAAACAUAUCAAAGGAAGUUUAUUUCUUCCAAAUGUGGAAAAUAAAUAUAGAUAAUAUCUCAAUAAUAGUGAUUAUUUUUAGCUUAUUAAAGCUAUAUAUUUUAAACAGUGGCAUAACAGAAUCAAGAUGUUUUGCAAACAAAUAGAGUUGUAUUACCUACCGUAUAUGAUAUAUUUACAAUAAUAAAUUUGUUUGUACAAAAUGAGGUUUGAUUUAAUAAAUAUAUUUACAGUGUUUCUAUGUUUGUAUUGUAUUUUUGGUGCACAGUGCUUGUUUUGAUCAUUAUGUAAAUAAUUAUGCUGUAGGCUCUGUAAAUUAUUUUGGAAGAUUUGUUUGUACUCUGCAGGUCAUAUUUUGUAUGUAUUUUUUAUUUAUUUUCAGAUCUGUUUAGCAAACAUAUGUCAUUUUUUGUACUUGCGUACUUAGUUGUUCUGUCAUAUAAAGUAAAAGAAAUGUGGACAUAAA